AUGAGCAACAACACUAACAGUACCAACGGCCACAGCGAUCGAGAUCUCGGCCUCUGGUUCCUAGAGCAGUCGCGGCUCGGCUCGGCCCGUGUGCUGACGGACAUGGACGAGGACGAGGAGGCUCCUACAGAGCUCAAUACCAUCAAUAGCUCUGGAGGCUUCCUUGUGGUGUCGCCCGAUAAGCUCUCGGCCAAGUACACCAACGUCAACCUUCAUGGACACGACGUUGGUGUAGUUCAGGCUAACAAGCCAGCUCCGGUCAAGCGGCUUGUCUACUACUUCGAGAUUUAUGUCAAGGAUGCUGGGACCAAGGGUCAGAUUGCCAUUGGAUUUACUUCUGAGAGCUUCAAGAUGCGGAGGCAGCCCGGGUGGGAGGCAAAUAGUUGUGGCUAUCAUGGGGAUGAUGGACUACUUUAUCGUGGACAUGGAAAAGGAGAGGCUUUUGGCCCAACCUACACCUCUGGUGAUAUAGUUGGAGGUGGUAUCAAUUAUGCUUCACAGGAGUUCUUUUUCACUAAAAAUGGUGCUGUAGUGGGGACAGUGCCCAAGGAUAUGAAGGGUCCCUUAUUUCCUACAAUUGCUGUACACAGCCAAAAUGAGGAGGUGAAUGUCAACUUUGGGCAGCAACCUUUUGCUUUUGAUCUUAAGGAAUUUGAAGCGCAAGAGAGGAUGAAGCAAGAAAGGAUGAUUGAAAAAUUUUCAUUGCCAACUGUUAGUCAUGGAAUUGUUCGCUCCUACUUACUUCAUUAUGGCUAUGAAGAUACGCUCAAUUCAUUUGACAUGGCUAGUAAAACUACUGUUCCUCCUGUACAUAUAGCUCAAGAAAAUGGUUUUGAUGAGCAGGACGUUGUGUUUGCACUAAAUGAGAGAAAGACUCUUAGACAGCUUAUCAGGAAUGGGGAGAUCGACUCUGCACUUGGUAAACUCCGGGAAUGGUAUCCCCAAAUUGUUCAGGAUGAUAAAUCAGCUACUUGCUUUCUACUCCACUGUCAAAAGUUUAUCGAAUUGGUCCGGGUCGGUGCACUUGAGGAGGCUGUGAAAUAUGGAAGAAUGGAAUUAGCAAAGUUCUUUGGCCUGCCGGUGUUUGAGGACCUAGUUCAGGAUUGUGUUGCUCUGCUGGCAUACGAACGGCCGCAAGAGUCCUCAGUUGGAUAUCUGCUUGAAGAGUCGCAGCGUGAAGUUGUGGCAGACACAGUUAAUGCAAUGAUCUUGUCUACGAAUCCAAACCUGAAAGAUUCACAAAGUUGCUUGCAUUCGUAUCUUGAGAGGUUACUCAGGCAACUCACUGCUUGCUGUUUGGAAAGAAGGUUGUUGAGUGGGGAUCAAGGUGAAGCUUUCCAUCUGCACAGAGUACUUAACAGUUGUAAGAAGGCUAGGUGCUAG